CCAAUCAGAAGAUGCUCCAUAGCAGGGUGCUCAUAUCAGAUUUCUUGAUCCAACAUCCUCUCACUCUGUAUCUCUUACAGUCAGUAGACAUGGAGGAUGGGAAGCCUGAUCUGCUGCUGGUCAAAGAGGAGACAAUAGAAGACGAACCAGAGAGCAUUGAGCUGCUGAGUGGACUAAAGAUGGGGGAGCAAGGUGGUUGGCUGGAGGAUUACAGAGGAGACUGGGAAGCCAUCUUGGAUUCCCAGACCGGUGCAGUCAAGCGCCCAGGGGACAAUAUCACUAAGCAGGCCAGGACCAGAGGCAACAUAGUGGAGUCUGCAGUCCACGAGGACCUGCUGAUUUCAGGUGUUGCUGGCGGGAGAGACUGGACCUCUGAGGUGGCUGGGCACAAACCCUGGCCCCGGAUCAGAACCCUGGAUCAGGAGCCAUCACUCUUCCUUCCCGAGUUGGAACCAGGACCAAACCGUGAGGGACAGAGACUCCACCACCACACAGAACACAACCAGUGGACAGGUGGACUGAACAACCUCAGUCCUGGUGGUCAUCAGACAGACAGAGGCUCCAGUCAGGGAUCCAGUCUGCAGCACAGACCCUUCUCUUCACAGUCUCAGUGCAGUGAUGAAGCAAGGCCUGGCACUGAUAGAGAUAGACCCUCCUGUUCCUAUGAUACAAACACCACAGUAUCCAUGAUGAACAGAGCAGGUCACCCUGGGCUUAAGACUUCACAGAGUGUGGUGGGAGACCCCCCUGGUAGUAGUCUAACAGGAAGUCUGUCUUCUCCUUCAGGGUCUUGUCUAAUGCCGAAUGACUGGGUUCAUAGGACGUCUGGGUCUACCCUUCCUCAGGUUUACCCAACAAAUACAGACAGGGUCAGGAUGGGCGUUCACCACAAGAGGUACCUAGCCUAUAACACAGCACACAAUCCCAACAACACCCAAACAAUGGCUAAAGGUCAGGGAGGGAGCUCAAAUACUAACCCCCUGAGUGUGGUGGCUCCUGCUUCUACCUCCUCGGGGUCACAACGUGGGAAGCGAUGCAUUAGGACAGACGCCGACAAGCCAUAUGCCUGCCCCACAUGUGGGAAGCGCUUCUCUGAGGCGAACUAUGUGAAGCAACACCAGACUGUUCACACCAAGGAGAGGCCCUUCAAGUGUAAGCUGUGUUACAAGAGCUUCUCCUUCCUGAGUAACCUUAUCAGGCAUAGGGGUGUCCACAAUGGGGAGGAACCCUUCAGCUGUACCCAGUGUCACAUGCAAUUCGCCCAUGCUGGCAACCUGAAGAGGCACCAGAGGGUCCACACAGGGGAGAAAUCCUCCAGCUGACCCCAUUGUGAGAAGAGAUUCUCCAGCCAGCAACAGCUGAAGAUGCACCUGACGGUCCACACGGGAGAGAGGCCUUUCGCCUGUACGCACUGCAGGAAGAGGUUCUCAGAAAGGAGCUACCUCAGGAUACACCAAUAGAAAACCAUUCCACUCUAUAACAUAGAAAGUAGCCAUAGCACUCAAACAUGAAUUGUCAUUUUUGUCAGCAGAUGCAUUUGGAAUAACGAGAGUAACCAUGUUGAAUAUUCCUGGCGCGAAUAUUGUAUCCAGACAUUGUGUGAUAUAUAAGCUUAAAAAGUCUGUUUAUAUUGUGUUUGUACUGUGUAGGCUAUAUGAUGUUCACAAAUGCCAUUCAACUACUUAAUUUCUGUCCCAAGACACUUUUAAUGAUAAAAUUAAUGUUGUUUAUCAUACAGAUUUGUAGCUGAGACAGGUGUAUUUAACACUUGUUUAUGUUUAAUAAACACGAAAUGUGACUUUUCA